AUGGCAAGCCGUUUGGAUCGUCUUUUUGCUCUACUUGAGAGCUGUCCGAAUGAAACCUUGCGAAUUACUGCUGCACGGCAACUUGGUGAACUCGCACAAAAGGCACCAGAGGAUGUGGAAAUCAUUUUAGCUCGGUUACGAGGUCUGCUUCACAAUAAAAGCUGGCGGUCACGGAUGGCAGCCACUGAAGCUAUACGAUCGAUGGUUGCCCAUUUGUCACCUUGGCAACCGAGUCCUCCUUCAAAUGAGCCGAUCAAGUCCGAGGAUGAAGGCAAAAAGAUAGAAAAUUUGCCCUCUCAGCAGUCAUCUUUCCUCUCAUUGGCCGGUCUUAAUCUCGAUCUUGUUCUUGAAAAUGGCGCCCGCUUGUAUAGUAUGGAUUUAAAAGAGUAUAUGAAGGACAAACCGAAGGGCUCUAAACGUUCGCGAAAAUUCGGUGACUCGAAUACCGAACAACAACAAUCGCUGUGUCGGGCUCUAAAACGCCCGAUUGUUCCAGAUGUCAACUGGAUGGUUGUUCAUGGAGGAAUUCUUGGCCUGAAUUACGUUUUUUCGGCCAGAAAGGAUCUUGCAAAGGAUUUUCUACCCAUGGUCUACGGGCCACUCACAGGAGUUCUUAUUUCCCCGAUCAGUACCUCAUCAACUACUCAAGAGACCCAGGAGAUAUCCACUUUGGCUGGCGAGGAGGAUUUGCUUUGUGCGGCGUGCAAUGCUCUGCUUGAAUUACCUCGCCACCUUCUUCUGGAAUAUGACAAUGCUGCUGGUGGCCCUCGCUUAGUAGAUGAGGUUUGGAAGUUGUUAGAGCGUUCUGCUGGAGAGCUGUCGUCUGCAACUGGACCGCUGUUGACUCUCGCUGCUGAGUUAAUCCUCUCGUCUCAGACUGAUGUCGCCCAAACUGAUCAAAAUAAGGGAAUUGUCGUUAGUUUAGAUCAAACGAUCAAUCCUCUCGAGGCAACUAAUUUUUCCAAUCGCAUACUUCUCGUCCUUCACUUUAUGCACUUUCGAUCGUCCACUGAACUUCGUCGAACUGCCGUCAAAACUUUGCGGGCUUUGGUUACACCAAUUCUUGAAAAGCCAAAUCCAACCCUCGAUUUACCACUAUUGGCUGUGCUUCUUGAGCAGCUCUUUCAUCGUGUCAUUCUCGAAACCGAUAUAGCAACUAUUCAAUCAGUUAGCGAUCUAUGGUACCAACUUGUUGAAUCCUUCCCGGUAGAGCUUCUAGCGCAAGCUACACUAAGUCGAAUCGAUUUUUGGCUAUGUCAAGCUAUGCAGCCGAGCUCUGCUCCAUUUGCCGAUACCAUGUUGAAUCUCUUAACGCAUUCGGCCAAUCAGCAAAACCCACAAAAUUACUAUAUUGGUGGUUAUGAAGUUGGAGCAGCUCCUGAAAGAGUGCGGCAAAGCGUUGCCUUGGAAGCAAGGAUUACAGCCACUGAGCUCCUCGCUCACUUAAGCAACCGUGUUUGUGAAAAUCAUGAGCUCACACUCACUCUACCAACUCCUGCUCCGAAAUCGAUUUCUUCAGGCCCCAAUUCUGAGCAUCAAAACAACUCCUCUUCCUCCUCUACGAUAUUGAUGACAGUUCGUGCUUACCUACUAGAGCAUAUUGUAUGUGGAACACAUCUGCGUGACCGACUGGGAAUGCAAAGAUUUAUCGCAAGUCUUCUGUUGGCAGCUUGGCCUUGUCCAUCGAAACUUAACUUGUGCAGUGAAUCUGGUAUGCAUCUUCCGGAGAAGCUGAACUCUUGUCUUACCAACGUGGUCUACUUUGAGGAGAUUCUGGGUCUAUUCAAAACUAUGAAUGAGGACUGCUGUCGCCUGAAGGCUCUUUGUGAAUUCACGAAGCUCCCAGUUACCAUCCCCCCUCCUAAGUCUGGAAAAGCAAUGAAUUUGGUUGAAUGCCAAAAUGUCCUUCAGCUGGUUAGCCUUAACUUGCCCACUUACAGUCCAACCACUUUGACCGAUGGUGAAUUUCAUCUCUCAGAAGUUGAUUUUCAAGAACUUCAACGCGCUUUAAGGAAGGUUCAACACUCAGUCAGUCGGUGCUUGGCUCUGCAACUUUUUUGGAGUUCUCGUGUGGAGGUUUCUCUAGCAUCCGCUCUCAUCAAUUUUGGAUGGAUAACCCCAGGUAGACUCACUCCUCUAAUUCGACCUCUCAUGGAUACGAUUCGUGUGACCUCAACCACCACCACUUCUUCACUCCCCACCACUGACCUUGACAUUGAUCUACCACAGGUGGGUGAGCAUUUGAGACUGCAGCGCCUAGCGGCGUGGAAUUUAGCGCGUCUGCUUUGGGCUGAGUGUCAGCAACUGCAACAACAGUGUUCUUCCACUUCUGCUUCGUCCAUAGCCACAUCGAAAGCUCUGAGUAAAGUGAGCCAGAACUUGACUAAAUACAUCCUGCCAGAUGAAAUAUCUGACUGGGAUGCGUUGAUUGCCAAGGCGGAGAGAAAUGAGGACUUUUGUGAAGAAUUUGUCUGCCUAACAAUGAUUCUCAUGCGACAAUGGGAUGAGAAGGUCUUCUCCUCUGCUGAUGUGAAUGGUAAUGGGCCAAGUUCUUCUAUGUCAAUUUCGACCUCAAAUGCAGGACUUCAGGCCUCUCGGAAACAAUCUCUUAACGAAUUGCGUCGAUGUGGAAGUCUGAUGGCUCUUGUAAAUAUCAUCCAAGCCUUCCUCGCUGACUCCUCCCAAAAUAUUGUUAUGGAGCAAGUCCUGCCUCUGAAAGUUCCAACUCUUUGGGAGAUCCUCUGGUUAGAACCACUGAGUGUUUUCCGCCGAGUUUGUGGAAUACCCACUCCAUCCACAACGAACUUUUCUGAAGAUGUAACCUUUUUACUGGAAUCCAAACAGAAUGUAGCUGUAUUGACUUCCACCGAUCUCGAUAGUCUCUACCGCUCACUCUAUCUUCUUCCGCCAAUUCUCUUUUCUCUUCAACAAUCUUCAUUCCCAGAUGUGCCAACCAGCUAUUUUACAACGGGCUUGAUUGCCUUGGCAUCACGGUGUCUUCUAUUAAAGGGAUUUCCGAGCCUACGAUACGCCGCCGCUCACAAUUUGGGCAUUCUUGCCAGUAUUCAAGCUGACUUUACAGUCAGUGUCCUCAAUAGUCUUCUCACUCCUUUCGCAUUGUCAGCAUCUACGUUCUCGGAUAAUGAUAAACUUGCUUCGCUUGAAGCUGUUCAUCAUAUUAUUGAGUGUGUUCUGUCGCCUCGAUUGGAAAAUCAAGUCUUCCAUAGUCUUCAAUUGGUCUCAAGUGAUAAACCUCUAUCUCCUCUCCUGCAUGGAGUUGGGCUUAAGGAGGUCACGGGACUAGUGAAGAAGGUUUCAGAUGGAAUAGGAGCACCACUGCACUCCCUUUUAUCCUAUGUGAUUAUUAUGUUGAAGUCCCUUGUUCUUCCGCAUUUUGCUGACCCAAGAAACGAUGUUAGACUUCUGGCGUCAAAUAUUUUCACGAAGUUGCUUAUUCUUUCAUCUCUUGAAGAAUCAGCCUCGGACCCUGGGGGUCUUGGUUUGCCAAGUGAACUCCGAAAAGUCCGAGAAGAUGGUCGACAUUUUGUGCAAUGUCUUCAGCAUCCAAAAGACAUUGUCCUCUACAAUUCCGACAAGAAUAUUCAUGCAGAAUUGCGACCUUACCAACAGGAGGGCGUUAAUUGGCUGCUCUUCCUGAAACAGUAUGGAUUAAAUGGUGUUCUGGCCGACGAUUUGGGCUUGGGCAAAACCCUUCAAACAAUCUGUGCUUUGGUAGCCCACCAUAGUCAACUCAGUGGAAGAAAGCUCCUUUCACCAACCAAGAAGUCGCGACUCAGAGCCAAUCGGAGAAAUACUGGGAUAUCAUUGGUUGUUUGUCCGGCAACGCUUUGUGCACACUGGCAAGAGGAAGUGUUGAAAUUUGUUCACGACAGGAGCAUCCUCAAGCCUAUCAUUUAUGCUGGAAAUGCAGAUCAAAGAGCUGGACUUCAACUCUACAUUAUGCAACGGUAUAACCUACUAAUUUCAACCUACGAAGUAAUUCGAAGUGACAUAGAAUUUUUGCAAGAAACUUUCUUUGAAUACUUGAUACUAGACGAAGGCCACGUCAUUAAAAAUACAAAAUCUAAGAUAUCGUGCGCGGUAAAGAAACUCAAAGCCAGACAUCGUCUCGUAUUGACGGGUACACCUAUUCAAAACCGAGUCAAUGACUUGUGGUCUCUCUUCGAUUUUUUAAUGCCCGGUUUCUUGGCUCCCUCGGAAGCUGCAUUUAAUUCCCGAUUUGGGCGUCCAAUCCUUCUAACACGAGAUCCUAAGGCCACACCUCAGCUCCAAAGAGCAGGUCAAAAGGCACUCGAUGACCUUCAUCGCAUUACAAUGCCAUUCAUUCUUCGGAGAAUGAAGGAGGAUGUUCUUCAAGAUCUUCCUCCCAAGGUCAUUCAAGAUUAUUCUUGCACAAUGACUCCACUUCAGGCCAAACUCUACGAAACAUUUACUAAUAGCCCUGAAGGUCAGGAAGCCCUAAAUCUUGCCUUUGGAAGAUCGACGGAGGAGGGAGAAGGUGAGGCUAUCGCGAAAAGUUCUCGUGGUGGUUUUGGUUCAAUAAAGUACCUUCUCUCAGUUUGCAACCACCCCUGUCUUGUCCUCAGCCCUAAACAUCCACUAUAUGAAUGGGCAGUGGAACAGUACUCCUCUUCACAAGAUGGUCUUAAUGAUUAUCGGCUAUCUGGAAAGCUUAUUGCUCUUAAGCAACUGCUUUUGGACUGCGGAUUUGGUGAUAAUCGCAGUGGUUCUACUGGCGAGGACGGUGAAACAGACGAUCAGGGAGAUCUGCUUCGCCAACAUCGAGCUCUUAUCUUCUUUCAGACUAAAAAGAUGCUUAAUCUAGUUGAACAACUGCUCAAUACGGAGUUCAAGAGUAUGUCUCACUUGCGUCUGGAUGGAUCAGUUCCUGUUUCAUCUCGUCAAAAGUUAGUGAACACGUUCAAUUCAGACCCUUCGAUAGAUGCUCUCCUUCUCACAACAUCUGUUGGUGGUUUGGGACUAAAUCUCACCGGUGCCGACACUGUCAUCUUUGUGGAACAUGAUUGGAACCCUUGUCGUGAUCUGCAGGCUAUGGAUCGAGCCCAUCGAAUCGGUCAACGGAAAACCGUGUCUGUUUUUCGUCUAGUUACAACUUCUGGCGGUAGUAUUGAAGAACGUAUCAUGAGCCUACAGACAUUCAAGAAGUAUUUGGCUCGAACUCUUGUUUCGGCACCAGAAAAUGCGGCCCUGAGUUCCAUGGACACAUCGACCCUUGUCGAGAACUUGGCGAAGGUGGGAAAUCUGGGAGUGCUGGGGGAUUAUGCAAAAGGAAGUGGUGGAAGUUCCGAAUUCUCAGAUGUCGAUGUUGCGGCGAGUGAAUAUGCCAUGGAUAUCUUUGAUAUUGAUGAUUUUCUGGUACACUUUCCUCAACGUAAUGCUGAAUCGUAA